AUGAAGGAUAUGGAGGCUCGAAUAAGCCAACUGGCAACUGCCAUCAACCGCUUGGAGUCCCACGUUUAUGGAAAACUACCAUCGCAACCCGAGGUAAAUCCCAGAAAUGUAAGUGCCAUGACGCUGAGGAGUGGCAAGGAACUGGAAGGGCCUAAAGUGGAAAGUUCAAAAAGUAAAAAUGAAGAGGAGAUAGAGAAGGAAAUUGAAGAGGAAAGGCGUAUUCGCAAGGAUCCUAAGGUAACCUUCACUCCUCCGCCCACUAUUAAAUCUAACUUACCUCCUUUUCCUUGCAGGCUGGAGAAGACAAAAAAGGUAGAGAAGGAAAAAGAGCUUUUAGAUGUGUUCCGAAAAGUGGAGAUUAACAUCCCUUUACUGGAUGCAAUCAAGCAGAUACCGAAAUACGCUAAAUUUCUCAAGGAUCUGUGCACCCAUAAGAGGAAACUGAGAGGGGACGAAAGAAUAGCGGUGGGAGAGAAUGUGUCAGCAAUGCUCCAAAGAAAGCUUCCACCCAAGUGCGGAGAUCCAGGUAUGUUCACGAUCCCCUGUAAGAUCGGGAAUACACCGAUCAGGAAAGCAAUGUUAGAUUUAGGGGCGUCAAUCAAUGUGAUGCCAAAGACCAUUUUUGCUUCUCUAAAUCUUGGGCCACUUAAAGAAACAGCCAUCAUAAUCCAACUAGCUGAUCGCACAAAUGCAUAUCCAGAGGGGCUAGUUGAGGAUGUCUUGGUUCAGGUAAAUGAAUUGGUCUUUCCUGCAGAUUUUUAUAUCUUGGACAUGGGAGAUGAAAAAUCAUUAAACCCGUCACCUAUCUUGUUAGGUAGACCAUUUCUUAGCACUGCCAGGACUAAGAUAGAUGUGAAUGAGGGUACUUUGUCAAUGGAAUUUGAUAGUGAAACUGUGAAUUUCAAUAUUUUUGAGGCGAUGAAGUAUCCAGAAGAAUCUAACUCGGUCUUUGCUUUGAGCGUUAUUGAGCCUUUUGUGCAGGAAACUUUUGAAUUAGAUGGCAAAGACGCAAUGGAAGUGGCUCUAAUCAAGCAUCUGGAGUUGGGUGUAACUCUUGAUGUGGACCUAAGGGAAGAUUUGCUCCAUGCUGUUGAAGCCUUACACUCACUUCCACCCGUAUCCCCAAGGUAUGAGCUUACUUCUCUUUUUGUGCCAGAGGCUCAGACAAAGUUGCUCCCUUCAGUUGUGCAGGCACCAGAGUUAGAACUAAAGCCCCUCCCGAAGCAUCUAAAGUACGCAUUCCUAGGAGACCGGGAGACACUUCCGGUGAUCAUCUCUGCACACCUAUCUCCAAGUCAAGAGGACAGGCUGGUGCGAAUCCUUAGGGAGCAUAAGGAGGCAAUUGGGUGGAGCAUAGCCGAUAUUAAAGGGAUUAGCCCGUCCUUGUGCAUGCACCGGAUAAGACUCGAGGAUGAUGCAAAGCCAGUGAGGCAAGCACAGCGAAGAUUGAACCCUCUGAUGAUGGAAGUUGUGAAAAAGGAGAUACUCAAGCUUCUGGAGGUAGGGAUCAUUUUCGCUAUUUCGGAUAGUCCGUGGGUGAGUGCUGUCCAAGUGAUCCCGAAGAAGGCGGGGGUGACCGUGGAGGAGAACCAGGAGGGUGAUAUGGUCCCGGUCAGGAAAGCUACUGGCUGGUGUCAGUGCAUCGACUACCGGAGGCUAAACUCCGUGACUAAAAAGGACCACUUCCCCCUCCCUUUUAUUGAUCAAAUGGUAGAACGAUUGGCAGGUCGUGUUUACUAUUGUUUCUUGGAUGGCUUUUCAGGUUACUUUCAGAUCGCGAUAGCACCAGAAGACCAGGAAAAAACCACAUUCACAUGCCCAUUUGGCACGUUUGCCUACCGUCGAAUGCCUUUCGGCCUCUGCAAUGCUCCAGCGACCUUUCAACGGUGUAUGGUGGCUUUUGAUAAACUGAAGGAAUCAUUGACAUCGCCGCCUGUCAUUCAACCCCCAGAUUGGAGCCUUCCGUUUGAAAUGAUGUGCGACGCGAGUGACUAUGCCGUGGGGGCCGUGUUGGGACAAAGAAUUGGAAGAGCACCACACGCGAUCUAUUACGCGUCGAGAGCCUUAAGUGGAGCCCCACUUAAUUACUCCACGACGGAGAAAGAAUUACUAGCUGUUGUUUUUGCACUAGAAAAAUUUAAGUCAUAUUUAUUGGGUGCAAAAGUAAUAGUUUUCUUUGAUCAUGCAGCCUUGAGGUACUUGCUGGCGAAGAAGGAUGCUAAACCAAGGAUGAUCAGGUGGAUUUUGCUCCUGCAGGAGUUCGACCUAGAAAUCAGGGAUAAGAGUGGAGCUGAGAAUUUGGUGGCUGAUCAUUUGAGCCGGUUGCUCACAAAUCAAGAGGAUCUACCGUUAAGAGAAUCAUUUCCUGAGGAACAAUUAUUAGUCAUUGAUUCGUCAAUACCUUGGUACGCUGACAUUGUCAAUUUUUUGGUAACGAAUCAAUUACCUGCAGGGUGGUCAAAAGCUAAAAAAGAUAAGCUAAAGAGUGAUGUCAAACAUUACCUUUGGGAUGACCCCUACCUGUGGAGGCAAUGUUCAGACCAAGUGAUAAGAAGAUUUCAUGGGUCCCUUCCCCUCAUCUUUUGGUUUCUGUACAUUAUACUUGCUGUUGACUAUGUUUCCAAAUGGGUGGAGGCAAAAGCCACCCGGACUAAUGAUUCUCGAGUGGUUGCAGAUUUUAUAAGAUCUAACAUUUUCGUCCGUUUUGGAAUGCCGAGAGCCAUAGUGAGUGACAGGGGCACCCAUUUCUGUAAUAAGACGAUCACUGCUUUGUUUCGUAAGUAUGGUGUGCUCCACAAAGUGUCCACUCCCUACCAUCGCCAAACGAAUGGUCAGGCCGAAGUAUCGAAUAGAGAGGUUAAGUCGAUCCUGGAGAAGAUGGUGAGGCCUGAUAGAAAGGAUUGGAGUGUGAAAUUGGAGGAUGCUCUAUGGGCUUACCGCACCGCGUAUAAAACGCCAAUUGGAAUGUCCCCUUACAGGUUAGUCUUUGGGAAGCCGUGCCACUUACCGGUAGAAUUUGAACAUAAGGCAUUUUGGGCGCUCAAGCGUGUAAUAUGGACCUUAUGGAGGCCGGAGGAAAUAGAAAGCUCCAAUUACAAGAUGGAAAUCCAAAGUCUUAAGACGGAGAAAAAGUUCGUAGUCAAUGGUCAUCGUUUAAAGCCUUAUUAUGAAGGGUUUAAUAGCGAGCAAGUGGAGGUUCUAUUCCUUGAUAAUCCAAGUGAUGAA